UACAAUAACAGGGUCAACGCGUCGAGUUUCCCGUAAGACGAUAUAUUUCGAAUGUUGUUACACGUCUUUUUUUACAUUAAUAAUUAUCAAGCAACAGAUGUUUACCCCUGACCAAACAGGGCGUCUAGCGUCGCCCUUUCUGGAUUUAGAAAAAACGGUUUGCGGAUCCUGCGCUGUUUGCAAACUACACCUAAACUCUUCUGCAGACUCCAGACUUCUGCCCUGCCUGCAUACAGUUUGUGAAACUUGCCUUACGAAGAUCUGCACAGAUGGAGCCGCACAAGAUUGUCCAUUAUGUGCUCAGGCCUUUAGUUUGUCCGAGGUCACAGAAUGUUCCCUUUUUGAAGACACAUCUAAUAAUAACAAGGACCCCAAGUGUGCCGGUUGCGAAGAGAGUGAGGUUAGUGGAUGGUGUGUCCAGUGUGAGGAGGCCCUGUGUUUGGACUGUAUGUCUGCCCAUCGUAGGGUAAAAGUGACCCGUGACCAUGAAGUCACACCCAAAAAACCACCCACAGGUUGGGUACAGAGAAGACGCUGUCCCUCACACACUCAGGAGAGCUUGAGGUUCUUCUGUCUUGUUUGUGAAGAGCUCACCUGUAAAGACUGUCAGCUGAUCACUCAUAGAGGCCACAGUUUUGUGCAGCAGGAGGAAGCUGUGGGAUCUCAGAGACAGCUACUGCAGAGUUUGUUGGACUCCAUCAGACAUCAGAAAGUGACAGUCAGCAGCAGCCUGUUACUCCUAGAGGCGAGAUUACAGGACAUUGAGGAUCUAAAAGUUGCUGCAAAGAAGAUGUUGAGACAGGUGGUCCACUCUCUUUAUCAGGCUCUGGUACUGAAAGCUACGCAGGUCUUAAAGGAGAUAGAGGCCCUGUAUGCAGAGGAGGGGAAAUGUUUAUUGGAGCGGAAGACAUCUCUGAACAGGCUGGAAUGCUGUCAGGACUACAUAGUAGCUUUUAUUGACAAGAUCCUAAGCACAGAGGGCCAUUGCUUCCUAGUACACAAAAAAAGAAUUGAGACCCAGGUGAAAAAGCUUCUGUCCCAGGAGACAUGCACCCCUGAGACCAUGAUUAAACUGCAUGUUCAGCUUCAAAAUGAUAUCUGUCAGCACCUCAUCAAACUUGGAUUUAUGAAGAUUAGAAAGAUUCCUGUUCCUUUUACCUCUCUGAGAACUGGUUCUACUCAGUCAAAGUCUGUGGAAAGCUUAAAUCCCAAUCCUGUAGUAACUGCCACGGAUGUUCAUCCUAUACAGGCCUCAUCAAAUGUUGAUGCACGGGUUCAGGGUGAAUGUGUUGCUAACGGUCCUGCACUGCGUUCCUGUGCUUCCUCGCAGACUGUACAAAUGAACCAGGCUCUUAUGAGUUUGCCUCAUCCAUCUCAGCCCAGCCAGCCAUCUCAGUCUAACCAGGCCACAACUGCAUGUAAUAAUGUUGCCUCAUCCCAACUAAAUCAAUCUAAACUUCCCUCUUCAGAACUUCAGAGAUCAUUUUCUUCCUCACCACAGUCUGUCCAAGUCCUGUCCCAGGAUCUCAAUCCUGGGCAAUCCAUGCAUGAUUACAGUCCCUCAUCACACUGUGUCCAAUAUUUUCUUCCGUCUGCUCACAAAAAUCAAACAAAUCCUCAUCCAUCUUCUAAUUUUCAGCCUCGUCUUCCUCUCUCAAACUACUCCGCGUCUCAAAUAAACAAUAUUUCCAAUUUAGCCAAGAAUAGGAAGACCUCGACCUUACACUAUUACCCUUCCAUCGCCCACCCAAUGCCAGUUAACAACCAAACACCAGCAUUAACUCAUCCAAUUCCACUCAACAUCCAAACACCCGUACCAACUCAUCCAACACCAGUCAACAUCCAAAAUCCCAUCCUAACUCAUCCAAUACCAACCAACAACCAAACAACCCUACUAACUCAUCCAAUGCCAACCAACAGCCAAACACCGGUACGAACUCAUCCAAUACCAGCCAACAGCCAAACACCUGUACAAACUCAUCCAAUACCAGCCAACAGCCAAACACCGGUACGAACUCAUUCAAUACCAGCCAACAGCCAGACACCGGUACGAACUCAUCCAAUACCAGCCAUCAACCAAACACCCAUACUAACCCAACCAAUACCAGCUAACAACCAAACACCCAUACUAACCCAUCCAAUACUAGUCAACAACCAAACACCCGUACUAACCCACCCAGUUUCAAACAUGCCAACUGACACCCAAACACUUAUUCUGACCUAUCCAAUACAAGCCAGUUUCCUGGGACCCGUGCAUUCUUUUGCAGUACAACCAAAUAUUCCUUUAGCUGUUCUUUCUACCAUAAACGCUCAUUCUUUAAAUGAUGUUACUGCAAUCUCUAAUGUCCACUCUGCUGAACCCUCCAAUUGUGGGAUAAAUCAUUGUUCCCAUAACCCUUGUGCACAGAAUACCACCAGUCCAACCUUUAAAGCCAUCCAAAGCACAACUAGUUUGUCUUCACUUCCUGUAAACCCAAUAAGUUCUCCUCCCAUUAGUGGCAACGACACCUCCUGGUGUAAGAGAGACACCUACAAUUAUGCUAACCUCCCAGUCAAGGCUUUGGCUGACUCCGUCUGUGAUCAGGACGCAGGUGUGAGCAGCACGAAUUUCACUUAUACUGAUCAUUCGGAGAGCAACUUGCCCACUUCCACUGUGUCAGAGACAGAUCCCAAAGAAUCUUCACCAGAUCCUACCCAUUCCUCUGGCCCACCCAAACCUCACCAGGACUCUCUCUCCACCAGCACAGGGAAAUAUUCAAGACAGGCUCAAGCCGGUCAGUCAUCCACAGAGAGCAACUUUAGACUAAAACACUGGAGCGUUGGCAUCCCAACAACUUUUCGUCAGCUUGUAGAAACAUGCACACCUGUCAGCUCAAUGGACAAUCAGAACACCACACCUCCAGCGAAUUCAACUCCAUGUGGCACAUCAGUGGACCUUGCAUUGGAGAGGGUGACAUGUGACAAGACUGUCCAAAGGGAUUUUGACCACACAAAGGAAAAAGAGGAAGAAAAACAAUCUGCAGUGCUGUUGGAACAAUUCAAGAAACAAUUCAAGAGGUUUCCACGCGUAUCUCUGGUGCGCCUGCCCAUUUCUCUGCUUCCAUGUGAGCAGCCACUCCCAGAGUUCCACCUUACUACAGAUAUCUCUAGAGACCACAUCAUAGUGCAGCAAUCCCAGGGAGGACAGAUUAAGCAGGUGUGGAGAUGGCAUGAAGAUCCAAUACCAUCUAGAGCCUCUUCCUGCUCUAUAUUGCAAAGCAGCAACAGCUCCCCGGCCUCUGACGUACAAUUCUGUGCAGUGUGUCAGUCUGCAGGAGCUGCUCUUCUGUGUGUGAAAUGUGGAUGUGCUUUUCACUCUGAUUGUCACAUCCCACCAAUCCUCACAAAAUCUUGUGAGGAUUGGGUGUGUUUGCUGUGUGAGGAUGUCAAUGAGACCGUGUAUGGCAGUGAGGAGAUGAGAACGUCCAGUCUGAGUCUACAAGAUCAAAGAAAGUGUGAGAAGCUUCUCCUUAGUCUCCUGUGUGAUGAGAAUAGAUGCCUGCUCUACAGCGCCACCAAGAAUCACUCAAAAACCGCAGAAUUCAAUAUAAUACUCGGCCGAAUCCUGGGGACAAGGAAGCCGCCUUAUCGGACUGCUGCUGAACUGGUGUCAGAUGUUUGGACUCUUUUUGACAUCUUGAUGAUGAACUCAGAGAGGAAAAACAUGAUUGUCAAACUUCAAGAAUCUUUCCAGCAACAGCUGAAUGAAACUUUUGGAAAGAGCCUUCAUGCUUCUCUCCUGAAAUACUCCAGCAGUGAGGAUCCAAGCAGUGAGGAUCCAAGAAGUACUUCAGAGACAGAGACUCAAAGAGAGAAGCACAGAAACACUUUGAAACGCAUGCGAGAGUUUUUCAUCGAAAACUGUGGUACAACAGCAAAGAAAUCCUGCACUGAUAAAGGCAUGGAGAGAGAUGGCUGUGGGAACACUACAGCUGGUGAACAUUGAAGUGUCUACGGCAUUGCUUUUGAAACCACACAUUUAUAUAACUCUCUAUUUAUUGUAGUACUGUAGUUUGUUUAUUUACCUUUGCCUUGAAGUAAAAAUUUUAUUAAACAGA